CUCCCAACAAUGGUCUGUUAGCACCUUCAUUUCCUGAGCCUAUGUUGGGGAUGAAUGCCUCUCUGAGAUCUAAGCGGAAAUGAAGUUCUGCAAAAGGGAUGGUUGAUUAUUCAGUCUAGCAGGGAGGAGGGUUACGUAUUGUGGAAAGUGUUAAAAGCAAUACAUAUUGCUUUAAGACAGGGCCUCAGCCUGCUUAGUAGUAGGUAGCGGUUAGGAGGGGUUAAGCUUUGUUGCUAGGCAGCCAGCUACUCUGCUGCUAUACUAUCACGUUGGUGUAUACUUCAGGAGCCUGCUCAGAGAAGUUCAGCUAUCCUGCAUGAUUUUUUUCAAGGAUUUUAUUAAUAAAUGCUUGUUCAUUAAUGUUUAAUGCAAGGUUAAUGUAAGGUUAAUGUCUGUUAACCCUGCAGUAUCCUAGUCUCUUGUGUAAAAGGUAAAGUGUGCUGUCGAGUUGGUGUCGACUCCUGGCGACCACAGAGCCAUGUGGUUUUCUUUGGUAGAAUACAGGAGGGGUUUACCAUUGCCUCCUCCCACACAGUAUGAGAUGAUGCCUUUCAACAUCUUCCUAUAUUGCUGCUGCCAGAUAUAGGUGUCAGCGGGGACCUGGCAACCUCUGGCUUCGAACCGGCAACCUCUGGCUUGCUAGUCAAGUCAUGUCCCCACUACACCAUGUGUUGACACACAAAACAAAGUGUCUAUUUAUAGACAAAACAGCCAAUUACAGGUUUUGACAGCAGCAUCAGUAAUUAUCACUCAGUUUCUCAACUACAUUAUUGUUCCAUCUUUGCCCCUUUGGCUUUGAUUUGUUAUUGAAGUUUUUCUCUUGACAAUUUACUGUCUGCCUUUCUUCAAAUGGCAUCUACAAAAUGGAACUGUUGGUGAAAAUGGCACUUCUUUCAACUGCUGUGUAGAAAAGGAGAGAUUAGGUCUCUUCUUUUUCUCACCCCUACACGGUCUCACCCAGAGGCAGAACCAAAGGAUGAAGAUGAAGAGGGGGCACUGACAGGUCACCCCAGAAACCCAACCCAUGUUGCACCAUUUUCUGGGGGACUCCCCAAUGUUUGGGGGGACACUCUGGGGAAAGAGCUCACUGAGGAACCCUCCAUGCCAGAACCCCUUCCAGCACCUCGCAUCACCAACAACAUCCUGGGUGAAGUGCUCAUCGAGGAACCCUCCAUGCCAGAACCCCUUCCAGCACCUCACAUCACCAACGACAUCCUGGAGGAAGAGCUCACUGAGGAACCCUCCAUGCCAGAACCUCUUCCAGCACCUGGCAUGACCAAUGACAUCCUGGAGGAAGAGCUCACUGAGGAACCCUCCGUGCCAGAACCUCUUCCAGGACCUGGCAUGACCAAUGACAUCCUGGAGGAAAAGCUCAUUGAGCAACCCUCCGUGCCAGAACCUCUUCCAGCACCUCGCAUCACCAACGACAUCCUGGAGGAAGAGCUCAUUGAGGAAACCUCAAUGCCAGAACCCCUUCCAACACCUUGCAUCACCAAUGACCUACUGGGGAAAGUGCUCAUUGAGGAUACCUCAGUACCAGGUCCUUCCAUCCUCACAGACACUCCAAAGGAAGCAGCUUCUGUGUCAGAGCCCUUACUAGAGCCUUCCAUUGCUGAUAAUUAUCUUCAGCAAGAAGUAGAACUCCUCAAAGGGUUACAGCAUGACUAUGUCCAGAAGCAACUGAGGGUUCGCCGCAUUUCCCAACAGUUCCCUCAUUCUCUCCAGGCCAUCAACCUGCAGAUCGGACACACGCGGACAAGGCUCAUCCUCAGUGAAGUUCGGCUGCAGCGGUGGGAAAGGAAAGGUAUGUUCACAGCAUGCCCCUGAAAUUGCUGCUGGGCUAAGAACGGCUCUUUUGUUUAUUUCAUGUUGAAAUGCUUGAUUUGAGUCUGCAUCUAAGGUUUCAGGGGGGAAGCCUGUGAGUGGUUUGUCAGUGCUUGCUGAAGUGUUCCUUCAUUUUCUGUCUUUCAUGUGUCCAAGCUCCAGUGCCUGUAAUCCAAGCAGCUUCUCAGAGUGAGCAGUGAGGGCAAGUGAUGGUGGGUGUGGUAGGAUAUCAGCCUUUGCAGCUGACCUCCUGCUUCUUCUUCUCUCUUGCAGAUGUUCCUGCAGGCCCUGCUGCACUUCUCCAGCCCUCUGGGUCUGAUUCAUCAUUGUCCUCUGCCUCCCUUGAGGUUGCCUCCAUCCCACCCUCCACAUCCACCUCUUCCCUCCUCCUGCAUCCCUCUCCACCUCCUCCUCCUUCCCCACCUCCUCUGGAGCUGGACCUCAGCAAUGUUAAAGAAACUCUGCAGAGUUUGGUAGAGAUGCAGGUCCAUUAGCUGCGUGACCGUAAGUCUCACAGAGGCAGCACUCCAUAACCUCUGCCUUUUCCAUCCUCGUUGUGAUUUUACAAUCUAAAAAACUUAUAGUCUAAAAACAGAGGCAGGGAUACAAUAGAAGAAGGAGAGGGAAGCUGAGGUGAGGGCAAGUGGGGGAAAGAUGUGUAUUUCAGCUGCACCUCCUUAGGACCAGGGAGACCCAGGUUUGAAUUCUCAUCCAGUCAUGAAACUCUCUGGGUGACUUUGGGCCAGUCACUUGUCCCACAGCCUAACUUACCUCUUAGGGUUAUUGUGAGGAAAAAAUAACCAUGUAUAAACCUCCCUGAGGUGUUUGAGGAAGAGCAGAAUAUGAAUGCUAAAAGGAAAACAAAUAUCAGCCCUUUUGAGUUUAAGCUGAGAUGAAACCGGAAACCAAGGCGGAUGAUAUACAAUUGUGCAUAUUGCAAAUCCUCCUUAUAGUGUCAUCAAUGUACAUGGGCAAAAGUUCCCUGCCACCAGGAGCAUACAGUCUAAAGUUUGGCUUGGGAGAGAGAAGUGAGGAAGAGGAGGAAUGGGAGAGGAAAGCAUAAGGGGCAUUCAAUUCAAGCCGAUGGAGCUGCCUCUACUGAGGCAUAACGCCAAAGGCUGCGCAGUGGAGGUGGGUUUUCAGGUAUCAUUGGAGGGAUAGGAGAGAGAUGAGGGGCCACAUCUGAGUGGCUGUUCCAGACCCAAGGGUCAGCGAGAGGGAAGAGAAAGAGUUGUUUUAGAGAGCAGGAGACCUUCAGGUGGCUCCUGAAGACAGAGAAGCUGGAAGAGCAAAAAUCAACCUGACGAGGUGCACGUUCACCGGCGGGGGUGGGGGGGGUACAUAGCCAUGGAGGGUUUUCAAGACAGAGAGGAGGAGUCUGUGCUGGGCAUGGAAGGGGACUAGAAGUCCGUGCAGGAACUGACAUGGUGGAGGACAGGCCCCUUCACCCUGUUUGUUUUCUCUCCUUCAAGGCCAAAGAGACCUCCGCAGCUGCCAGGAAUGCUUACAAAGCUUCAAGGCACUGAGGGGACAAUUGAGGCGGCUAAGGAGCAGACUGGCCAGGGUGGAAGCCAUUAUGGGGAUUGUGGUUCCUCCAAGGGAGCUGGACGUUGCUGAGGAAGAAGGGGAAGGCAAAUCAUAAGAGACAACUGUGCUACUAUUUACAUAAGUAGCAAUAAAAUGCUGUGUAUAUAUAUUUUAAAAAUUAAAUAUUUGUUUUAAUAGGAUAUAGAGAUAGAACAGCAAUAAAACUAGCAUAUUUAUUGUUUUUAAAAAUAAAAUGUUUUAUUUUAA